AUGUCGUCAUCACCUCUGAGCUACUCUGACUUGGUCAAGGAUUCCCUCUUGGGUGGUGGGGGGAUGGAGAACGGCUUGCAGUCGACUGCCAUAUACUGGGAAGCUUGGUCGACCUCCUUUAGUGGCCUGUUCGGUGGUUUAUAUGGUAGUAAAUGGUCAUGGAAAGUCUUGGAUGAUGAAAUAAGGCAGAGAUUUGGAAUCGAUGGCGCUGAUACUAAGAAACACGACGCUUUUGUUUUCGCUCCCGGGGACCGUCAGUAUGUGAGGAAGUACGCGGGCGAUGCGGAUAUAUACGACAUCGUGCCUACUAAGAAGAGGUACAACUUCAGCUUCUUCCCUACUGGCACUAAGUGUUAG